AAAACGCCGGAUCCAUGACUUCCCCAGUCAGCAUAUUUUCCAUCUUUCUCAUAUUUUCUGGGGCGUGGUGGGUGGCGCUUGCGUCGCCGCUGCUGGAGGGCCAGGGCCCGCUGCUGGAGGUGGAGCCCGCGCCGCGCCUCGAGUUCGCCAACUCCACCGGCGGCCGCCUGGACUGCGUGGCGCGCGGCAGCCCGCAGCCGCAGCUCAAGUGGCUGCUGGCGGACGGCGCGGCGGCCGGCGCCGUGCCGGGCCUGCGCCAGCUCGCGCCCAACGGCUCGCUGCUCUUCCCGGCCUUCGGCGCCGCCGACUUCCGGCCCGACGUGCACCGCGCCGUCUACCGCUGCCAGGCCGCCAACGCGCUCGGGCGCGUGCUCUCCAGGGACGUCAAAGUUCGCGCAGCUUUUGCUGAAAAAAUGAAAUUUUUAUUUUACUCCUCAAAAACUUCUAGAAAAUUUUCGUUAAGUUCUUUUCCUCCAAGAAGAGGA